UAGAAGAAAAGCACGUGCCAUAGAAUGGAAAUCAACAAACAUAACCGUAGUUGACAAGGUUUAAAAAUGAUAAAAUUUAAAUUUUGGACCCUAUAAACAUUGAUCUCGUUGAAACUCAAAUGAAAUAAGUAUUGAAACUGAAAUUUUUUUCAACAUUAAAAUAAAUACACAUAAACAUAACCAUGGGAGAUAUAUCAGAUGAUGACGAUGUUCCAACAUUAUCUGCAGGCACUUUAAAGGCUUUGCAAGAGUUUUAUAAAGAACAAGAGGAGAAGGAAAGUCAAUUAAAUCAAACAAACGAAAAUGGUGUAGCAAAACCUAACGAAAUAGUUUUUAAUGAAGACUGGCAACUUAGUCAAUUUUGGUAUGACUCUAAUACUGUGGAAACAUUAGUUCGUGGAAUAGUUAAAUCAGUUGAACCGAAUGGAAAAAUUGCUUUAGUAUCUUGCCCAACUUUAUAUAAAAGGCUUAAAGAAGAAGCAGUCAAUUGCGAAAUCAAAUUGUUUGAAUAUGAUAAACGAUUUUCUGUAUUUGGUAACGACUUUCAUUUGUAUGAUUACAAAUCACCUUUGGAUAUAGAUAAAUCGCUUUCUAGCUAUUUUGAUUUAGUUGUGGCUGAUCCACCUUUUUUAUCCGAAGAAUGUUUGACUAAAACAGCAAUUACGAUGAAAUAUUUAACAAAACAAAACGUGGUUUUGUGCACAGGUGCUGUUAUGGCUGAACUUGCACAGCGUUUAUUACAUUUAAAAAAAUGUGAAUUUGAACCGAAACAUCAGAAUAAUUUAGCUAACGAAUUUUGGUGUUUUUCGAAUUUUGAUUUUGAUGCUAUGUUAAAAAGUUAGUAAAUGCUGUACAUGAAUGGAUACGAAUUUGUACUUGAAUUAAAAUAAAGUUUAUCCAUAUAUACUUAUUGUUUGUAAGAGGAAUCUAUUUCGUAUAUUUUUGUUGAAAUAAAAUUUUUAUUUAUAAUUUA